GUCAGGCUGAGGGAAGGCUGGCAAGUCUACAGCUCGGCCCAGGACCCUGAUGGAAGAUGCAUCUGCACAGUAGUGGCUCCGGAGCAGAACCUGUGCUCCAGGGAUGCACGCAGCAAGCAACUGCAACGGCUCCUCGAAAAGGUGCAGAACAUGUCUCAAUCUAUUGAAGUUCUGAAUCUGAGGACUCAAAGGGAUUUCCAGUACGUCUUGAAAAUGGAGACUCAAGUGAAAGGAAUGAAGGGGCAGUUCCGGCAAAUUGAGGACAAUCGGAAGAGUCUGUUGUCAAAACACUUCCAGGAGCUGAAGGAGAAGAUGAAGGAGAUGCUGCCAUUAAUUCCUGUGCUGGAACAAUACAAAACAGACAGCAAGCUAAUCCUACAGUUCAAAGAGGAGGUGAAGAACCUGUCAGCAGUUUUGACAGGAAUCCAGGAGGAAAUCGGGGCUUACGACUAUGAAGAACUUCAGCGCAGGGUGUUGAACCUGGAGGCCAGACUCCAAGACUGUGUGAAGAAACUCUCCUGUGGCAAGUUGAUGAAAAUUAGUCUGCCGAUCACAGUGAAGACAUCCGGAACCAGGUUUGGAGCAUGGAUGACUGACCCUCUGGCAACACAGAGAGAUGACAAGGUGUGGUACAUGGAUGGAUACACAAGCAGCAAGGUAGUGCUGGAAUAUCAGUCCAUGGCGGGCUUUGUCAGUGGGGAGGAUUACAGGCAGUACCGUCUGCCCUACCCAUGGGCUGGCACCAAUCACCUGGUCUAUAAUGGCUCUCUCUACUAUAACAAGUAUCAGAGCAACACGCUCAUCAGGUACAACUUCCAGACGAGUUCAGUACAGGCACAGCGCAGCCUAGAAUACGCUGGCUUCAAUAACAUGUACCCCUACACCUGGGGCGGCUUCUCUGACAUCGAUCUCAUGGCUGACGAGGGUGGGAUCUGGGCUGUCUACGCGACCAACCAGAAUGCAGGAAACAUUGUCAUCAGCCAGCUGGACACACAGACACUGGAUGUGCGUCGGACCUGGAACACAGGUUACCCCAAGAGGAGUGCCGGAGAGGCGUUCAUGAUCUGCGGAACCCUGUACGUCACCAACUCCCACGUGACGGGUGCGAAGGUCUACUACGCAUACUCCACCAAGACCUCCAGCUAUGAGUAUAUCGACAUCCCCUUCCACAAUCAGUACUUCCACAUCUCUAUGCUGGAUUACAAUGCCAGAGACCGCACACUGUACGCAUGGAACAAUGGCCAUCAAGUGCUCUUCAAUGUCACCUUGUUCCAUGUUAUUCAGACCCAGGGAGAAAUGGAGACUCCUGGGGAGCAGUAA